GAAAAAUAAAUCUGACAAGGACGAGUUAUGAAAUUUCCCUGAAGUUUCCGCACCCCAUUACUGAUGACCCGAGGGUGCAACCAUAACUAGAGUUAAUGGGUUCUAGAUGUGAGUGUAAAAUGGGGUUAUGGUCGAGGUCGUCUUCUGACUACAGCGUUUGCCGGAUUUCAUGGAAGUCGCCAGUUAACAUUUUGGACUUGUUUUAUUCAUUUUUGCCAUUACCACAUGAGAUUUCAUCUAGAGAAAGCUCACAGUAACUCCUUAGAGUUUAGUGUACGGCAUUCAACGAAACCAUUUUAGUUGUGUUACUUUAAUGUGCAGUAUUUCGAGGUGAGCAAAGUAAAUGGGUCUAUUUGCACCUAUUGCAACGGCCGCAGCCACAACGGCUACAAUAUGGAUUAUUCCCUUCUUGGCAGCAACUCUCUCCUUCUAUGAGUAUGACGACUACGAUCCGGAAGGACACCCUAGGGACGCCAAGGUGAUUUUCAAGAGUUAUGAUUUUAUUGUCAUUGGAGCAGGUUCAGCUGGAGCUGUUGUGGCCAGUCGGCUGACUGAACAACCUGAUUGGAAUCUCCUACUCUUGGAAGCCGGUGGUGAUGAGACAAAUUUGUCUGAUAUUCCUGUUUUGGCUGCGUAUUUGCAACUUUCAGAACUUGAUUGGCAAUACAAAACUGAACCUCAACCCUCAGCUUGCCUUGCAUUUAAUGAUAAAAGAUGUAAUUGGCCACGCGGAAAAGUGAUGGGUGGCUCAUCGGUGCUCAACUACAUGUUGUAUGUUCGAGGUAAUAGACGGGACUAUGACAGUUGGGAGCAAAUGGGCAACUACGGCUGGGGAUACGAUGACGUCUUGCCUUAUUUCAUAAAAUCAGAAGACAAUCGAAAUCCCUAUUUGGCUGAAUCGCAGUACCAUGGAGUCGGUGGUUAUCUAACAAUACAAGAGGCACCGUAUAGGACACCGCUGGCAAUAUCCUUUAUCGAAGGUGGCAUCGAACUUGGUUACGAAAAUCGUGACGGUAACGGAGCCUAUCAAACAGGUUUUAUGAUCGCUCAAGCAACAAUCCGGCGUGGAUCAAGAUGCUCUACUUCGAAGGCUUUCUUGCGCCCAGUGCGGAUGCGGAGGAAUCUUCACAUCGCCAUGAAUUCACACGUGUUGCAAAUCAUGAUCAAUCCCGUAACUCAUCAAGCUUACGGUGUGAAAUUCGAACGCAACGGAAAAAUCUACAUCGUUCACGCCACCAAAGAGGUUGUUGUGUCUGCCGGUUCCGUUAACACGCCGCAACUCCUUAUGCUGAGCGGAAUCGGUCCGGCUGAACAUUUAAAGGAACUUGGAAUUCCAGUCAUUGCCGAUUUACGAGUUGGUGACAAUUUGCAGGAUCACAUCGCAGCCGGUGGCAUGGCUUUUACAGUGGACAAACCAGUUUCCAUGGUCCAGAGCCGCUUCGAAAAUCUAGGAAGCAUCUUACGUUAUGUCAUGAAUGACGAAGGACCAUUUACGGUUCCAGGGGGAGUCGAGGGACUAGCCUGGGUAAACACCAAGUAUGCCAAUCAUAGUGACGAUUGGCCGGACAUCGAAUUCCAUUUCGUGUCCGGAACGCCAGCUGCUGACGGAGGGGCCCAGAUUCGUCAUGUUCAUGGUCUCACGGAUUUCGUUUGGGAGAAUUACUAUGGACCCAUCGCUUUUCACGACACCUGGUCUGUUAUUCCCAUGUUGCUGAGGCCAAGAUCGGUCGGUUACAUCCGCCUCCGUUCCGCUGAUCCCUACGACAAGCCAUUGAUUUUCCCCAAUUACUUAGUUGACGAUUAUGACGUCCGAGUUCUUGUUGAGGGCGUGAAAAUUGGAUUGGCCCUUGGAGAAACGGCAGCCUUCAAGAAAUGGGGCUCAAAGUUCUGGGCGAAACCCUUCCCCGGAUGUGAACAUUUACCUUUGUGGAAAGAUGAUUACUGGGCCUGUUUCGUCCGUCAUUAUUCUGCUACCAUUUAUCAUCCUACGGGGACGGCAAAAAUGGGUCCUAGGAGUGAUCCAACCGCUGUAGUUGAUCCGGAACUGAGGGUCUAUGGGAUACACAACUUGCGAGUGGUUGAUUGCUCAAUCAUGCCGAAUGUGCCAUCCGGCAAUACCAACGCACCAGCGAUUAUGGUUGGAGAAAAAGGCUCUGAUUUGAUCAAAUUGUUUUGGCUGAACUACGCUUCCAUUAAGAAGUAGUCAAUAACAUGUAAAACCAUAUCAUUUUUACCUCCAACCUAGUCUUCAGUCCCGUUAAAUCGGGGACAAACUUUGAUCUGUUAAGUUACACGAAUCAACGAAUGUAUAUUGCCACCCAUUAUUUGACUAUAAAAUGUGGAGAAAGUAUGAACACUUAUUUGCAUUUGAACUAAGCCUAGAGGAGAGGAGUGGGGCUGUUGUGCAACAAAUGAAUUGCCUCUCCUUUUCGUCAAAUGAAAUAAUGCCAAAACACAUGGAUAAAAAAAAAGGCAUUUUCUUUAUAAAUAUAUGUUUAUAUCUGUAUAUUUCAAUUUUUUAUUUUAUAAAAUUUGAAUUUCGAAACGCGUAACCUUAUGUUUAGCUCUAUUUGGCAACAGGGUGCUCUUCAAUUGAAUGGGCACCAUUGUCGUCACCUCUUCAGUCGCCAAAACUCCAUCAAUGGUCAAACUUGCGACAGUAUUACGUGACGCAAUGCUCACGCUGUAAUGUGAUCUUUUGGUAUCUUCUACUUCAAGUAAACAAACAGUGUUUAAUUUGUUUCGCAAUCGUUUACGAUGACUGUGUGUUGCAUUGAUUUGGUGCGAUUCAUUAUUGGUCCCAACAUGUGGUGGAUUGUCUCACGUGUUUUAAUGUUAGGCCCGUCGUCAAUCAAGAUCAAGACCAUUUGAGAAACUUUUUCACCUUGAACUUAAGGCCGCCUCAAGUUAAAGCGAAAAUUAUCAUUCUAUGAGGGUUUGUCUGCUGCAGCCACCGAUUUCAUUCUUUAGUUACCGUAUGGCGUUUUCAGCUGGAACUUGUAACCUGAGAUCUACGACGUCAACCGAAAUAAGCUAGAAAACUGGUUUCAUAUGCAAGUUAAAAAUGAAAUUCUGACAUAGAAUAAAUGCGAAAUUUUCCAUCAAAUGCUUUACCGAUAUGGCGUAAAUAGUACUGCCUAGAUACGGAACCACAACAUUUUUUUGCGCUCGGAAAUUCUUGUUAGUUUGAUUCCAGUCACGCAAACCUGUUUUAACGAAGUUCGUCGAUUUGAUAUACAGAGAGGUCGCUGAACCACCAUGCGCAAUGGAACAAAUCUUGUCUUCUGACUAUCGAUCCCGAUUCGAAGAUUUCUCAGUCGUGUCACGGUUCGUUGCACGAUAAAGUGCUAUGGCAGGUAUUUCGGAUGUAACUGCUAGGCUGAAACCACCACACCAGCCAUGCAAUUUAUUAAAGCUGCAGAUCAUGGGACGGUGUUAUUCCUCAGGUAACCGCCUAAGAAGUAGACGUCAUCCCUGGAUUGUUAUCAGCGAAACCAAAUCCCUCAUUAACGUCGAUAAUGGAUGAGUGGCAAUGGUCUGCAUCUAGUUAGUUCUGUGGCAGAUGCAACAAUGCGACUCACAGCGUCACAGAUCUCCCGACGCCUAGCUCUAUGCUUACCACCUGUUAGCUUAGUUGUGAUUCAACAAUACCUUUCGGUUUAUAUUGUUGAAAACGCCACAUCAACACAUCGGCUCGAUGGUCUAGGGGUAGACACCAUCCUUGUUUUAAACUGAAAUGCUUCUUGUGGCGUGUCCGUAUAGCGGUUAAACUGGACUUAAGAGCUUCUGAAUGAUCUCGAUAUGGUGAACCAUGAGGGAUCUAAUGAGUCCUCAGAUAGUAUACGCGUGCUUUUCAGGCUCGAUGGUCUAGGGGUAUGAUUCUCGCUUAGGGUGCGAGAGGUCCCGGGUUCAAAUCCCGGUCGAGCCCAGUUGUUGUUUUCCCGUCGACGUGCAUCGAAAUGUCAACUGAAUGGCAUCAAUGUCAGACAGUUUUCCGGUAUUUAUGUGCACGGUGCGCUACAGUACAUUUAAACUUGUCAACCACCAAACAAAGUCUUAUUUGAUCCUGGAUGCUAUACGUGAAUAUGAUAACAACCUUCUCCUUACAACAAUAGUAUGAGUAAAACGUCAUCUGUUUAAGCUUCCAAUUGUGAACAAUCAACAGACCAAGACAACAUCCUGUAAGCUUAAUGGAGUCUUGACGCGGCCAAUGCAAGCUGGAAGAGGAAAUGCUAAUCGGAGCGUUAGAAUUGUCGACCAGUUAACAUAGACAAUCAUACUUUAAACAGGAACAUAUUCUUCUGCCUUAGAAGCUGGAUUUCAUAGAUGGAAAAGGCCAAAAAGAACAACUGAUAGCAGAAGGUCAGCAUGAUAGGCUGGUAUGGAGGACAACUUGACUCCAUCAUUAUAUAUAUCUGAUCGGUUGUAACAGAGCCCUGGCAUCGACAUUGCCACCGAAAUUGCGUUCUAUUUGCAGCUGGAUGCAUUAUUAGUCCAUUAAUAGCAUCUUGUGGUGUUUCAUAGUUGCAACGUCAAUGCCGAUCCAGUCCGUUGUUGGUGAACGUGACAAGUAAAGGACGUAGCAACAAAUGCUCAACAAGACACUAGAGACACGGUUUUCAUUUUAUCGUCAAGUGGGAAGCGAAACUGAAAACCCCAACCUCAUGAGCCUUCUCUUUGCGGGCUUUUGAAUAGACUCACGACGUCGCGACUGGAAACCAUGGAUGUUGAUCAUCUUCGAAAGCAAUCUAACGACUGGUGGAAAUCUAAUAUUUGCAUGAAUUUUUGUCUGCAAUUCUUAAAGUUUGUAAAGGAAUGCAUACCAAAAGAAUCGAACCCGAAUGCUCAUUUUAUUUUCGAGUUCGAUGCGAUGUCGCGAGUUAUAACUUUUCGGAAUGAAGCUGGUGAAGCGGGUAAUAGAAAUCUGCUUCCGUCAUGGUAUAUCCAAUCCAUGGAGAAUCCUGUUUAGCUAGAUUUUUACUAACGAAGAAAGAAAAGUUCAACAUUCCUUUGGUAUUAAAUGUUGUGUUAACGCCGUACCUUUAAUAAGUUUAAACAGAAUUGAAACCCAGAAAAUCCGCCGCCAGAAAAUCUUCGUUGUGAAAUGUUCAAGCCGUAAUAAAGAAUUGUCAUGUUUUAAAAUAAUUUAUUAACGUAUCCUUAAAAAAAUAUUUUACAAUGAUAAAAACUAAAACUUAUCUACAGGAACCGAUUUAUACGAACAGAUUUUCCAAUUGGCACUGAAUUCGACCCGAAAUAUCUGUAUCAUUGUUGGGAGUCGAAGCUCUUGAGCGCAGUUUAAAAGUCGAUUGUCUCGGUGUUUGCAGGAAUUUACACGUUGGGCGAUAAGUCUCAUAGAGAUUUCUAGGAUUUUUCGAUUGGGUCAUGGACAGAAUCAAUGGUGACAUUUUUUCGAUUUUAGGGCUUUCACUGUCAGUGAAAGGACUGUCCAUGAACGAAGCGCCUAACGCCAAUGAUUUUGAACGACGCUUGGGUCUCCUAAUGGGCGUUGGUUUCAGAACAAGGAGCUUCUUUUGUAGACCCUCUACCCUUUCCAGCUCCGUCCGUGUUUUUAUCAAUUCUAUAGUCAAUUCUUUCUCCUUCUUUUUUAAGGCCUCAAUCCUAGGCCCGUGCAUUGUAUGUUGGGUUUUCAGCACUGGAAUACGAGAUUUUCCUGAACGCACAAAGUCCGAUGGAUUGGACCUAAAAAUUGCGACACACAAGGAUUAAUUUCGUGGUACAACUGUUUAACUUUGUGGUAUUCAAUUGUUUAAUUGUGUUUACUUAUUUGGCUUUCUAUAUGUACUGCCUGUGAGAACUGGAACUGGCAAGCAGCUUCUACCCAACUUUCCUACUGCAUAAAGAAGUACGAUAUUACAGCAGUUAAAAUAAGAAUAAUUAUGUGUCACACUCUUACUGGGCUUAAUUGGGAAAAUACCGGCAGCUUGGCAAGGCUUGCGUCUGUUCCUCCUUGUCUCCGAUGGAUGGAUUGGUGAUAACCCUGAUGCUUUCUUUUCCGACGACCAUGGCGUCGUUAAAGAAAAUAACAAAAUCAAGCAAGAAGGAUGUUUAACCAUGAAGGAAUGUGAUUGUUACCUGUAUGUUCCAUAGGGUGGUGCUUUCUCAAAAAUCUGGUUACUGGUGUUUUCACCUGGUUUGCUUGCGCCAUUCUAAAAACCAACCAGUUUUGGUAUAAAUUGCAGAACCAUCUACAAAGAUAGCUAUAAAUCAAGCAAAUUACUUACAUUUUUAGAAUAAAAUCUAUUGUUGCUCUAAGCACUUCGACUACUUAAUUUAGCGCUGCUGACGUGCGUGCAAGUUGUCAACACCCUUUUAUACCUCCUGCAACUACACAUUUUGUAAGGAGAGUCAUCAAGGGGUUCUUCGUAUGCUUAUACCCUCAAGUUGGAACAAGGGUCGAGUUGGGAUCAGUCAUUGGCUUAACUCUGAGAAGUUUGGAAUUAUACCAGGCAACCUCGUAAGCAUUAAAUCCUUCCCAGUCGACGGCGACAUUCCACUCAAGCGACCAAGGAUUGUAUUUUGAAUCAAAACGAACCAUUCCGUAGUCUUCUAGUGAUUUGAUUAUUUUGAUUCGAUUUCGAAAUUCAUCUAAUCCACCUUGUUCGGGAAGAUGCACUUCCACUGACAGCUGCCUCACUAGAUCCAUCAUACCUGAUGAGAUGAUUUGAGAUUGUAGUAAAUGGAUUCGAGUGAUUUCAUCGUCCAGUUCAUAUUAGGAUCCUUGUUCCAUCGCUCAUCGCGAUCGCCUAGCCCCAAGUUGUAAAAGUGAAUUUUAGGGCUAUGAUUAUAGUCUUCCAUAUUCAUCGAUGGGUCGAAAGAAAAUACUCGACAUCCCAUCCGUUCUAUGGCUUCGUCGAACGUCCAGUCAUGGCUGAUACCAAAAGAAUAGACCAAACAUUCGUUGUAUAGUUCUGGUCUGAUGAGUGGGUCCAUACAAAUGGCUUUCUGUCCAUCGACGCCAUCUGGAUGGGCAUGUCCUCCAACGUCAUGAGUGAGACGACAUGAUGUGCUGUUGGUCCACUCCACAUACUCUAUCAUUUGCUCUACAGUCAAAUCUUCCACUUUUGUGACAACCCAAUCUAUAGAUAGAAAACUAGAGCAAUCAUUCCCAACAUGCUGGCCGCUGUCCGAAAUGCGAGCUGUUUCCUCAGCUCUACUUCCCUUUUACGACCCAUUUACUCGUCGAUCAUCACAAAGGAAAAUUAAAAUUGCAAGUUUUUGAAAUUGUCCCUUCCGUUGUCGACUCACUUUUGGGAUAGAUAACUAAAGACUGCCUUGCUGGCAGACUCCAUUCUACUCUUCAGUUUUAUCUUUUUGAAUCCAUCGCCCUUGAAAUUUUAUUGGGGGUUUCUUCCUUGCGGCGUAUGGUACUCUCCAAGAACUGAUCACACGCCCCUUUCUACCCAUCGUCCAAAGAUGCCCUUUCGGCCAUUAUGCCAUGUCAGUGGUUAUUUACUUGCCGCUGCAGCAUUGGUUACUCGAACGAGAUUACCCUGUCAGUUUUGACGGAUACAAGCAAUUCCUGUCUCAGCUUUUUUCGAUGUUACGUACAGGAAAAAAAGAAGAUUAAAAAAUGGAUACGUCGGAAAUGUCGUAAUCCAAAUACCCUUCGUAUCCCAAUGGUUGGAGCCAAUCCUGUGAUGAAGGAAUACCGUUAGAGGCGAACCGAACCAUUCCCAGUUCUUCCAUGGCCUGUGUACACGGUGGCCAGCUGGCGAAUGUUCGCGAGCAUGCCCGUUUGCACAAUGUCUGGAACAACGCGCAAAUUUCCAUCCUCCAGAUCAUACUUGAGUUUUGAAGCUCAGUCCGUAGUUGUAAACGUGAAUUUUAUCUGAUCGGUUGUAACUGAGCCCUGCCAUCGGAUCGAAUGCAUAUACUUGGCAUCCAUAGCGAGCCAUUUCUUCGUCAAACGUCCACUCGUGAUUGACGCCGAAUGAGUAAACAAGACAAUUCUCCGGUUCCAGACCGACUUGCGGAUCCAAACACACAGAUUUCCUACCGUCGACAUUGCCACCGAAAUCGCGUUCUAAUUUGCAGCUGGAUGCAUUAUUAGUCCAUUGGAUGUAUUGUAGCAUCUCGUGAUGUUUCAUAGUUGCAACGUCAAUGCCGUUCCAGUCUGUUGUUGGUGAACGUGACAAGUAAAGGACGUAGCAACCGAAACUAGCAACAAAUGCCCAACAAGACACUAGAGACACGGUUUUCAUUUUAUCGUCAAGUGGGAACCGAAACUGAAAACCCCAACCUCAUGAGUCUUCUCUUUGCGGGCGCAAGCUUUUGAAUAGACUCACGACUAGGUAGCCAAAAGGCAUUACCUGUCAGUUUGAUGGAUUACUUUCAUCUUUGAAGACAAUCCCAUUUUUCCCAACCGCAAUGAAACGAUUGAAGAAUAAUGAAAACCAGGCACUGUACAACGGUUGUUGGUUAGCAUAUUUCUUCUAUAAAUUACCGGUAGAGGGCAAAAGGUGUAAAAUCUGAUCGACCGAUCAUUUGUUCACCCUUCAUAAUUGGUGUCAUGGCUGCCUUGAAAUAUCGAAACUGGGGAAGCAUAUGUACUCGAUAUUUUCGUGGAAAGCCAAGAGAUAGCUCCACGUUGAUAUCUGCUGACUGUUGCUACCAAAGACGAGUGAUUGGAAUGUCAACUGAAUGGCACCAAUGCCGAAUAGGUUACCUGUAUUUUUUAGCGUGAUGCAUGCAGCACCUCCCGUACAUUUGAACUCGGGAGUCGGGAACCACCAAAGGAAGUCUUAUUGCAUCAAGGAUGCUGUAAGUAAAUUAACAUGAGCUCAGGUCUCUUAAUUUGUUGACUUUGUUUCAAACAUGAUGCUCACUUGCAACUACUUAAGUUUUGGACUUUUGAUUUGGCCUAGCGGAGGAACUAAAAACAAGAUGCUGAGUUAGUGGUGAAACGAUAAAGUACUUGAAACAAAACAAAGUAACUGAGAGAACUUGGAUUUUUAUAUUGCAUUGAAGAAGAAAUUCUACACUAGGUGAGAAAAAGAGGGGUAGCUUAAUCAAAUUUGUUAUUUUGUGUGGCCAGUUUAAGUUCAUUUUUAGCGUUACCCCUAAUUCAGUCACAAUACUUUGUUGGCUGUUCACAAAUGGUACAACCAUAUCACAAUGCAAUGUUAUCCCUCCAUCUCAGGAUAGUGAGCAGUUAAUAGACCAAUAUAACAUCCCAGUAUUGCAAUGGUUUCCUGACAAGUAGUCAAUGUCUAAUGGAAGAGAAAAAUGCUUAUCAGAGCGUUAGAAUUUUCAACCAAUAACUGCACGAAUCUAUACCAAAUUCAAUAUCGGUAUUAUCAUUCUUAUAACUAUAAAAAUGUUGUUUUACUUUCUUUCCUAUUUUCUUUCCCUCAAGAACUUACCUAGUCAUCUGUUCGAUACACCCAAAAACCUUUUCGUCGACAAUUAUUGCAUUUUGAGAAAAAGUAUAAGUUGGUAACUUCUCUAACUUGACAUAACUGUGGUCGUCGACCGCUUGUGAAACGGAAUGUAAUUGUAAUGUGUGAUUCAUGGCUCAAUGGUAGAGCAUCGGAGCUGUACGAUGAAGGUAUAGGGUUCGAUUCCCAAAAGAGUCACGUUACAUUCCAAUGUAAAAAUAAUUAUCAUCACGAAAAUAAAACGUUGAUAUUGUAAAUGUCUUCAACUAUAAUUCUGGUUUAUAGGUUUCAAAAUCUCUAACAGUAAAGUUAGAGUGCCUCCAUCAAAGAUCUGUAAAGUCCAAUUCCACAAAGGUGCUAUUGGUUGCACAUAUUAGAAAAUUUGAUCUCAGAUGAAGAACUUGUAGUUGAACACUUUAUGGUGAUUAAUACUACUCAAUUUGUUGUUUGUUAAUUAAAAAUAAUUAUAGCAUUUACAUUACAAUUUUUAACAUGUAA